CACCACCUCCUUCAAAUCUUCAACCACACACAUUAAUCAAUCAUGGCGUCCUCCCAGACCCAAACUCACCGCUAUUUCAUCGCGCUCCUUCUCCUCUCCGCCGCAUUCCCCCCCUCCUCCUCCUCCGACGACGCAAAAUUCGCCAAAUCCCUAAUCCAAUUCAAACAGUCCCUCACCAACGCCGCCGCGCUUGACGGCUGGCUCGAGCCAGCCGGAGCCUCCGCUCGCCUCUGCUCGCGCAACACCCCGCUCUGGAGCGGGUGCAUCUGCCUAAACGGCUCCUUCGUCGGGCUGCGCCUCGUAGGCAUGGGCCUCGGCGGAGCAAUCGACGCCGAAGCCCUCGCCGAGCUGCCGCUCUACACCUUCAGCGUGGCGCGGAACAACUUCACGGGGCCGAUGCCCGAUCUGGGGAGGCUGACGAGGCUGAGGAGCCUGUACCUGUCCGACAACGGCUUCCGCGGCGAGAUUCGGGGGGAUGCGUUUGCGGGGAUGAGGAGCGUCAGGAAGGUGGUUUUGGCCGGGAAUUACUUCUCGGGGGAUAUUCCGGCGUCGUUGGUGGAGCUGCCGAGGCUGGUCGAUUUGCGGUUGCAGGAUAAUAUGUUUGGCGGGAGGCUGCUGGAGUUCCGGCAGGCUAAUUUGACGGGGAAUUUCUCGAACAAUAGGCUGCGGGGAUCGAUACCGGCGGCGCUCAGCGGCCUGAAUGCUACCUCUUUUUAUGGAAAUCCGGACCUAUGCGGCACACCCUUAGCCCCAUGCAAAACCAGAAAGCAUUUCCCCAAAAUACCUGUCAUCGCCGCCGCCCUCGCCGGAGCCGCACUCUCGGCCUUCAUAACCCUCACCGUCGUCCACCGCCGCCGCCCAAAGCAUCUCAAGUACUCGAAAUCCAUGGACGGCUUCCCCAUGGAGGACCCAAAACCGCCAAACAAGAAGAAAAAACAAGACCAAAGACUAUGCUUCGUCAACCACAACAUCGAGAGGUUCGAGCUCGACGACCUCCUCCGAGCCUCCGCUCAAGUCUUGGGAAGCGGCAGCUUCGGCUCCUCCUACAAGGCUGCCCUCCCCGGCCGCCACUCCUACGUCGUUAGGAGGUUCCGGAGGAUGAACAACCUAAGCAGAGAGGAUUUCUCAUCUCACAUGGCCAGGCUAGGGCGCCUCUCCCACCCUAACCUCGUGCCCCUCGUCGCCUUCCAUUACACGAGGGACGAGAAGCUUCUCAUCACGAAGUUCAUCGAAAACGGCAGCCUAGCUAGCCACCUCCAUGGAAAUAGAGGCUCUGGCCGACCGGGUCUGGAUUGGGCAACAUGUCUAAGGAUAAUCAAAGGCGUGGCGAGAGGGUUAGCCUAUCUGUAUAGAGAGCUCCCUACAUUAUGCUUGCCUCAUGGCCAUCUCAAGUCUUCCAAUGUUCUGCUACACACCAACUACCAGCCCCUAGUAGCAGACUACGCGUCGGCACCGGUCAUGGACAAGGGCCAUGCUGAGCAGCUCAUGGCGGCCUACAAGUCGCCUGAGUCCACGGAGAGCGAGGGAGUGACAAGGAAGACAGAUGUGUGGAGCCUCGGGAUUCUUAUACUCGAGGUGCUGACUGGCCAGUUCCGGGCUAGCUAUCUGAAACAGGGGAGGUGGCCUAGCUCGGAUUUGGCUACCUGGGUUGGGUCGGUCGUGGGGGAGGAGUGGGCGGCUGAGGUGCUCGAUAGGGACAUGGGCGGCUCAGCAGUCGGGUUGCUGAAAAUCGGGAAGCACUGCUGCGAGUGGGAUGUGGAGAGGAGGUGGGAUAUGAGGGAGGCAGUGGAGAGAAUUCAAGAAUUGGAAGAGUGAUGAGUGAUGACCAAUUUAGUUCAUAUUUUUACCUUUGUUGUACAAACAAAAGUUUUAUGAAAAAUGAAGGAAACCAACAAAACACCAUGAAAAUGAG